CCCUUCCCGCCGUAAUUUCCUAAUUCGUGUCUGCAACACUUCACGGCAUCCAUCGCAUCCGAGAGAGAAAGCGUUAAGCAACGCACCGCCUUAUUACCCCACCACUCUCCCAGCACAGUUGCUUUGCCUCCCCCACCACACUGCGAAUAUGUCUGCCAACGGCGACAACAAGUUUGACGACAUCGAGUCCGAGUCCGACUCUGGCGAGUCCGUCCAGGAUCACGUCGAGGAGGCCCAGCCUCUCAAGAGUGCGCUCAAGAAGUCCGAAAACCCAGUUACCGCCGACACCUCCGUCCAGCGACCUGUUUUACCUCCACAGACCGAGCCGAAAGACCUUGACGUCAAGACCCUCACGCCACUGACUCCCGAGAUCAUCGCACGGCAAGCUACCAUCAACAUUGGCACCAUUGGCCAUGUCGCUCACGGAAAAUCAACCGUCGUAAAAGCCAUCUCCGGCGUCCAGACUGUCCGUUUCAAAAACGAGCUCAUUCGGAACAUUACCAUCAAGCUGGGCUAUGCCAAUGCGAAGAUCUACCAGUGCGAUAAUCCGGAAUGCCCGCGGCCAGGCUGCUUCAGGAGUUACAAGAGUGAAAAGGAAGUCGACCCUCCGUGCGAGCGGGAAGGCUGCGGAGGAACCUACCGACUUCUACGCCAUGUCUCCUUCGUGGAUUGCCCCGGUCACGACAUUCUCAUGAGCACUAUGUUGUCAGGCGCCGCCGUCAUGGACGCUGCUCUCCUCCUUAUCGCCGGCAAUGAAACCUGCCCUCAGCCGCAGACUUCGGAGCAUCUUGCGGCCAUCGAGAUCAUGAAGCUGGACAAGAUUAUCAUCCUGCAGAAUAAGGUCGAUCUGAUGCGGCCUGAAGCCGCCCAGCAGCAUUAUCAGUCCAUCCUUAAGUUCAUCCGAGGUACCGUCGCCGGCAAGUCCCCGGUGAUCCCCAUCUCCGCCCAGCUCAAGUUCAACAUCGACGCUGCCCUCGCCGCCAUCGUCAACACCAUUCCCAUUCCCGUCCGCGACUUCACCCUCGACCCCCACAUGAUCGUCAUUCGUUCCUUCGAUGUCAACAAGCCUGGUGCCGAGAUCGACGACCUCAAGGGUGGUGUCGCCGGCGGUUCCAUCCUGCACGGCGUUCUCAAGCUCGGCGACGAGAUUGAGAUCCGCCCCGGCAUCGUCACGCGCGACGAGAAGGGCGCUCUUAAGUGCACGCCCAUCUUCAGCCGCAUCGUCACCCUCAACUCCGAGUUCAACGAGCUCAAGUACGCCGUCCCCGGUGGUCUCAUCGGUGUCGGCACCCGCAUCGAUCCCACCCUCUGCCGUGCCGAUCGUCUCGUCGGCUUCGUCCUUGGCCUCAAGGGCCGCCUGCCCGAGAUCUACAGCGAGAUCGAGAUCAACUUCUACCUCCUCAAACGCCUCCUCGGUGUCCGGACUGCCGACGGCAAGCAGGCCAAGGUGGCCAAGCUCGCCAAGAAUGAGGUCAUCAUGGUGAACAUUGGCUCCACGUCCACCGGUGCUAAGGUUGCCGCUAUCAAGAACGAUGCUGCUAAGCUGAUUCUCACGAGCCCGGCCUGUACCAACAUUGGCGAGAAGGUUGCCCUGAGCCGACGUAUCGAGAAGCACUGGCGUCUCAUCGGCUGGGCUACCAUUGCCGCUGGUGUUACCCUUGAGCCUAGCACAUCCUAAAAUGUCAAGGGAAAUCUUGAGUAGGAAAAGGACCAAGCAUGUAAAGAACAGGCAUGAUGAGAUGAUGAUUAUGGUUUCGGGUAGGGAUGGCAAGAUACAGGUCGUAGAUAGGCCACAUGGUGAUAUUGCCAACAAACAAAAAUUGCAUAGCCUUCAGUCUACGGUCAUGGUUGUAGAGCGAUGGCAUACAGCUUUUGUUGUAGGUGGCGCCUUAAGAGAAUGGCGACACACAUGGGAAGGCUCAUCAUGUAGGGGGUACAUACAUAAAUAAUGUACGUUUUGGCAGCAAAGAAAAGGGGCCUAUUGUUUUUUUCUUCUCGUCACAAUCCAUAUCU